AACAAACCUUUUUUUAUACACCUCAGUCAUGGGACAAGCCCUUAAAACACUAGGAAAUGAUGAUACAAAGGGUAGAGAGAUUGGGCCAAUAAUCAGUGAAUGCUAUGACAAAUACUUUGUGGACACCGUGAAUUGGAACAUUGCUGAUUUCUGUCACGCCAUCUGCCAAACUGUCGAAGACAUAAACUCAAGCAUAGGCAGUACACAGAUUCGGAUGCCCACAACUGAGACCCUUAAGCAAGCAUAUACGAAACACCACAAGGAAGAAGGGAAGAAAUUGAGCAAAGAAGAGUUUGAGAAGAUUCUGCAAGAAAUAAUAAUGGACACAGGCGUGACGGGGAUAGGAGCAAAAGACAUACUUUUCUACCUAUUCGGAGUUCCGGUCACAGCAUUGUUGUUCAAGCAGAGACUCCUCCCAAAUGCCAUCCCCAACGAAGUGUUCAUCCCCGCCAUCACUUCCGCCACUGUUUUCCUUCUCGCCAAACUCAACAAGAUCUAAUUUAAUUCUAUGUAGCAGCACACAUUGGCGGAGGGGAGACCGGUAUAUCCCUAUGUACCACAAGGAAUACAUAAAUCCAGAACGCACGCUAAUGCAAGAAAAGUGUGUGAAAAGCGUCACAUUAUAUGUCUUUUUUAUUCGAAAUGAAAAAAUAAACGGUGUUAGUAAAGAUUCCGAAACAUAAAAUUUCAUAAGCACAUGAAGAGUGGUAAAUAUGUUUAAAUAUUGUGAAGGUACGUUGAAUGUUUGUUAAUGUAUAUAGGGGUACGUGGUGGACAUAAGAUUUGGGUAACAAAGACAACCAAAAGUGCAAAGAUUGUUAUAUGUGCGUGGGUUGAAGACGAUAUAUGGCAAGAGUAGGCUAGGGAAGCAAGAGACUACAAGUUUAUUGAAAAUAAUGUUGUGUAGGUAGACCGUCAUGUGAAGCGAACUAGCCCAAUGUUUAGGGGGAAUGAGUCAUUAUAUUAGGGCAUGGGUUUAUCAUUGAUUUGAAGUAUCAUUCUUUCAGCUUUACCGAUUUUGGGAGAUGUUUAGGUGGGACGAAAACCGG